AUGGGGCCCUUAUUAUUACCAAAGCCACCAACUUCUGUAUCAACAGUUGGUACACCUCCUCCCAAUGUGACCUUGGCUCCUACCCAAAUUACUCAGCAGCAGUUCAAUUUGAGUGAUCUUGCCAUUCUACUGGCAACUCAGAGGAAUCUGCAAGGAAUACCAAAUGUGACUUCUAUGUCAUUUUCCGGUGGUAACCUGCAGGAUGACUUAACCUCGAUUUGUAGCAAUCUCUUUGGUUCAGCCUCUUCUGGUCUUCAGUUAACUUCUCAAACUCUACCGCUACCACCGCCGCCGCCUUUAAAUCGAUCUGACAGUUUACUAAAGCUCCUAAACAGCAAUAAUAAUCAAGCAGAAUCUGGUGCCUCGGUUGAUGCUCCGGAAAAUGGGUCUUCUGCUUCCAACUUGAUACUACCACCGGGCUCCUAUUCUCCUUCCGAAAGCCACAAAGAGCAAUCUGUAGCAAGUCCGCCUUCUAAUUCUCUGCCUUCAGGUUCACGUAAACGCAAGCGGAGAUCGAGUAGUGGAGCUAGUUCUAGUAACGGUCCUGUACCUAGAAAAAAGACAAACGCAGCCUCCUCAAAUUCAGUGGAAUUAGCCACUCAAAAGGCAUCUAAUUCAAAUCUUAGUUCCAAUUUCAGCAGCCCUUCGCAACUCCACGAAAUGGCAACUCGAGUGCUCAUUGUUACUUUAGACUGGCUUAAAAGAUGCGGUCCUCUAGAACAGUUACCGCAGCGUAUUGAACUAGACCCGGACACAUCAUCCUCCCCGGACCUAAAUUUGACCCAAAUUCUCAUCGAUGACCAAGCAUUUGACCUAACAUGUGGUGUUGAUAAAACUCUCUGA